AUGUUUUUUGGGCGGGUUUCCGCUGAAGAGAACGAAAGUUGUGAUGAAAGGAGACAUCUGAGAGACUACGGUUUUUUAUACGAUGCCUGCACCACGACGAGUGUGCAGGAGAUGCGGAGGUCACUGCUGGAGAGUUGCUUCCCAGGGGGCGGCAUGGGCUCGGGCUGCCUGAGUCUCCUCACAACAGCAGUCACGCCCUCUAUGCUUGCGUUGCCACUAGCGUUCUCCAUUGCUGGCCUUAGUUUUGCCAUUGUAUGCAUAUUUUUCUGUAUCAUUGUAACUAUCAUUUCUGUGCGGAUUCUUGCCCAUGCCUCUGUUUUAGCUGCAUCGGAUGAUUACGAGUCCGUGGCAGGGUUUUUUCUUGGGGCGAAGGGAAGGUGGCUCGUGCGGUCAAUCCUCCUCUUUUACAACUUUGGAAGUUCGGUGGUGUACCUGUGUUUUUUGAACGACAUCGUUAGGAAUAUCAUUACUGUGAAGGGAUCGUUUCUUCCAACAUGGUUGCAGGGGAACCUUGGCAGCAUCCUUGCCCUUAUAUUAUUUGUGGCGUGUGUGACGCCGUUGACAUUCAAUUCACGUCUAGCAUCGCUUCGAACAAUGGGUUUUGCCAGCAAUAUUAUGACGACGUUCAUUGUGUUAUCCAUUGUGUAUCGGUUCUUUGUCCCAUUGGCGCCGCGUGGAGAGCUGGGCCUUAUCAUGCAGACUGAAGUGAAGGAGACCCAUCGAAGCGUCGCACGCUGGGAACCAAUACUGCCCUACCUGUUUACAGUCUCCAUCUUUGUCUUUUCCUAUGAAGUGCAGUCUAACGUUAUGGACGUCAUCAAAGACCUUGACGACCGCACGGGUGAAUCUCUUUUAGUCUGCAUUUGCUUGGCUCUUGCCAUGGCGACGGCGCUUUACCUUCCGCUAGGCAUUUUUGGAAGUUUAUCUUUCCCUCACAUGAUAAAGGGAGAUAUUUUGGAUCUGUACGAUAUUAAACAAGAUAAUCUCAUGUUUUUUUGUCAAGUUUUAUGUUGUUUUAGUGCGGCCACGUCUUACGUGUUUGGCGUAUUUCCGUGUCGUUUUGCAGUAUUUAUGUUUCUCUCGGAUGGAACAACUUCAAGGGUGUCGAAGCGGUCUCGUGUGCGUAUAGGCAUCGCACUGGCGAUUAUUGGCGCGGGCUGCGCCAUUCUUCUUCCAGACGUAUCAAAGGUGGUGGCCUUGCUUGGGGCACUGUUCAGUUCAACGCUUUCUAUGACGCUGCCAGCGCUCUUUGCAUUGAAAAUGAAGCGGAGUAGGACCCAUCUCACUUCCGCGCUGGACAGCUUUCUUUCUUGGGCCCUCUUGCUUCUUGGUGUUCUUCUUUCACUGGGUGGGUCGUUGGUAGCCGUAAUGGAUGUUCUCGGUCUUGCAGAUCUUCUCCGAACUUGA